GGCAUGUCAAGAACAUUUUCAUCGACCUUCCAAGUCAACACAAAAAUUUUCCGCGUCUCCCUAUUCUUCACAAUCGUCAUAGCUACACACCUCUGAUAUGGGAUCUGCUAAAGUCCCAAUAAUUCUCGGAAUCUUUGUUAUCGAAAAACCAACUACAGUUACAAGAUCACAAAUUUUCAGUGUUUUCCGAUAAAUUCAGUCAUAAAGUUUCAAUCUUGAUUUUAUUUUCGUAACCUGUUAAGGGAAAGAUGGGUGGGUGUUUCAGCAAGAAUAAGUACAAAACCCGAGAUGCCAGUGGCUACAGAUCAGGAAGCACAGGCCCCACAGGGUGUCAAAGCCACCAAAAUUAUCAAAAACCAUCAUCUCAGUACACGCCCCAGCCUCCUCAGCCCGAAAGGCACCACCAGCCGCCACCAAUUCCGCGGCCGCAGCCACAACCGCAGCCGCGGCCGCAGCCUCAGGCACCAAUUCCAGCUCCUGUGAAACCUGCCCCCCAACACCAGAGCGCUGUUCAAAUAUUAGAACACAAUAACAUUCUAGGUAAGCCCUUUGAGGAUAUAAGGUCAAAAUACAAACUUGGCAGAGAAUUGGGCAAGGGUCAGUUUGGGGUAACUUACCUUUGUACUGAGAGUGCAACUGGGCACACAUAUGCCUGUAAGUCAAUACUGAAGAGGAAGCUUGUGAAUAAGAAUGAUAAGGAGGAUAUGAAGAGGGAAGUUCAUAUUAUGCAGCAUUUGAGUGGGCAGCCGAACAUCGUGGAAUUUAAGGGUGCUUAUGAGGACAAGCAAUCUGUGCACGUUUUGAUGGAGCUUUGUGCCGGUGGGGAGCUCUUUGACAGGAUUAUUGCUCAUGGACAUUAUUCUGAGAGAGCUGCCGCUGGCCUCUGUAGACAGAUUGUGAAUGUUGUUCAGCAUUGCCAUUUUAUGGGGGUGGUGCAUAGGGAUCUCAAGCCGGAGAAUUUCUUGCUUGCAAGUAAGGACGAGAAAGCAAUGUUGAAGGCAAUUGAUUUUGGGCUCAGUGUCUUUAUUGAAGAAGUUAUUAAAAUCACAGGAAAGGUGUAUCAUGAUGUUGUUGGUAGUGCAUACUAUGUAGCUCCUGAAGUUCUUCGUCGAAGUUAUGGGAAGGAAAUAGAUAUAUGGAGUGCAGGUGUGAUUUUGUACAUUCUUCUAAGUGGUGUGCCUCCAUUUUGGGCUGAAACUGAAAAGGGGAUAUUUGAUGCUAUACUGAAAGAAGAAAUUGACUUUGAAAGCCAGCCAUGGCCCUCAAUAUCAAACAAUGCGAAAGACCUUGUUCGUAGAAUGCUGAUGAAGGAUCCAAAGAAGAGAAUUACUUCUGUACAAGUACUGGAGCACCCUUGGAUUAAAGGACAAGCACCUGAUAAGCCAAUUGAUAGUGCUGUGCUCUCUAGAAUGAAGCAGUUCAGAGCAAUGAAUAAGCUCAAGAAACUUGCACUAAAGGUCAUUGCACAAAGUUUAUCUGAAGAAGAAAUUAAAGGUCUCAAAGCAAUGUUCACAAAUAUGGACACAGACAAGAGUGGCGCAAUCACAUAUGAAGAAUUGAAAUCUGGAUUGGCUCGCCUUGGGUCAAAACUGUCAGAAGUAGAAGUAAAACAACUCAUGGAAGCUGCUGAUGUGGAUGGAAAUGGGACAAUUGAUUAUAUUGAAUUUAUAACUGCUACGAUGCAUAGACAUAAGCUUGAACGAGACGAGCAUCUCUUUAAAGCUUUUCAGUAUUUUGACAAGGAUAACAGUGGCUAUAUUACGAGAGAUGAACUGGAAACUGCUAUGAAGGAGUACGGUAUGGGUGAUGAGACCACAAUCAAGGAAAUAAUUUCAGAAGUUGAUACAGAUAAUGAUGGACGGAUCAACUACGAGGAGUUCUGUCAAAUGAUGAGAAGCGGAACAACACAACAGGCGAAGCUCUUCUAGUGUCAAGGCAAAUAAUGUUUUGAGCAGUUCGUUUUUUGGACUCAUGAGAAAGUUCUGUAAGGAUGACGAGAUGCUGGGGACGAGGUGCAAGAUGACGUAUUAUCUUGAUUUCUUGUCAGAGUAUCAACUGCUUUCGUGACAUUGAAGGGAGUAUGGUUAAGAAUUUGUGAGGCCUUUUUGUUCAGAUAGCUGUAGAUGGUGUUGUGCAUACUCUAUUCCAUUACUAAUUUGUGUUUAUCCGUAAUGUAUUGGAUGCCCAAUAAAUUUUAUGCUUACAACAGUGUUUAUUCUUGUAAGUGGAUUCCUGUGUGAUAAACGAUUGGGAUUAAAUAUGCCCACCGUUCUCCCUGGAUUUGUUGACAGCAGAUACCAAUCUCAUCUAACGGAUUACUUGGUUUAGUAGA